ACGAUUUCUUUUAUAUUGAAACUAACUGCCUAAUAAUUCCCAGUUUUUUAUUGAGUAAACAUUCGAAACAUGAUCCUGUUAGGGGCUAUAGUGCUUCUUCCAUUUCUCUUCGUGUUAACAUUGUGGUUCUAUUACUAUUUCAAUUCAGAAAAGCAUCUUAAAAACGUUCCAGGGCCGACUGCGUUGCCAAUCAUCGGAAAUAUUCAUCAAAUAGGCGCAACCGAAGAUGCAUUGGAUACUAUGGCACAGUUUCAAAAGAAGUAUGGGCGUAUUUACAAGAUACGAACUAUGUUUGAUGUACCCAGUAUUGUCACAUCCGAUCCGAAGUUAAUUGAGGAAAUCUUAAAAUCCCAACAGCUAUUGCAUAAGGGGAUGUCCUAUGAUUUCAUGCAUAGCUGGUUAGGAACUGGAUUAGUUACUAGUGCAGAUGAAAAAUGGAAACGGCAUCGAAGAAUGUUAACACCCGCAUUCCACUUCAGAAUUCUUGAAGGGUUCAUGGAUUCGUUCAACAAGAUGGGUAGCAUAUUGUUAAAACAACUGGAUGGAGAGGCUGACAAACCGUCAUUCAAUGUGUACCCAUACAUUGCACGCUACACAUUGGAUGUAAUUUGUGCUUCAUCGAUGGGAACAAACAUAAACGCACAGGAAAAUUCAAACUCAGAAUAUCUGCACAAUGUUAACGAAAUCUGCCGUAUCAUAUCUGAACGGUCGCUUUCACUCGUAAAAUCAAUUCAGUUUCUUUAUUUAUUCACCAACGAUUACAAGGCAGAGCGUCAGGUAUUAGAAAAACUUCAUCGGUUCACCAAUAGCGUAAUAGGAAAUCGAAGAAAAGAACUGAUGGAAAAUAACUCAAACCAAGACAACUUCGACUCCGAUUUAGGAAUAAAGAAAAGGUUAUCGUUCUUGGAUGCAAUGUUAAAAUUCAAAGAAGACGGCGUAGGAAUUUCGGAUGAGGAAAUCCGAGAAGAAGUCGAUACUUUUAUGUUUGCGGGGUACGAUACUACGUCCUCUGGUAUUUCCAGCAUUUUGUAUUGCCUUUCGAUCUACCCAAAAGUUCAAGAAUCUGUCGUGGAAGAAUUAAAUUCAAUACUCGACAGCGAAUCAUACGAGGUAAGCUACCAACAACUACAAGAAAUGAAGUAUCUUGAAAUGGUAAUCAAAGAAUGCAUUCGCUUGCAUCCACCGGUACCACUUAUUGCUCGACAGAUUAGGAAAGAUACGGAAAUUGGGGGAUAUUGCUUUCCAAAGGGAACAGACAUUACCAUCAAUAUCUACUCAGUUCAUCGCGAUCCAGCUUAUUUUCCUGAUCCUGAAAAAUUUGAUCCGGGAAGAUUUACAACAGAAAUUCAAGGCACCAGACCGAUACACUCCUAUAAUAUCCCCUUCAGUGCGGGUUCCAGAAAUUGCAUUGGUCAAAAGUUUGCCAUGUUAGAAAUGAAAGCAGUCGUAUCAAAAAUUUUGAUGAAGUUUAAAAUUCUUCGUGCUAUUCCAGAGCAGACUCCUGCGUUUGGAGGUGUAGUUGUGCUUAAGUCUUCCAAUGGGGUUAACAUAAGGCUUGAGAGGCGAACAGUAUGCGAAAUGGCCGUUGCGGAGAUAUUGCUGGGUGCUUUAGUUCUACUAGUAGUAAUAUGGAUAAUUUCGUUUACCUCGGCAGAGAAUCCCAUUAAACGCAUUCCAGGCCCGGCACCUUUACCUAUAAUAGGCAACGCACAUCAAAUGAAAACAGAUGUGCUGGAUCUGUUGCUCAAAUUCAAGGUUAAAUAUGGGAGUAUUUUUAAAAUGCGUAUAAUGCUUUUCGAGCCCAGCAUAUUUACAACUGGAUUGAAGUUUGUUGAAGAAGUUUCAAAAUCUUAUGACUUUUUGGAUAAGGCGAACUCGUAUCGGUUUUCUCACAACUGGCUUGGGACGAGUGUUCUCACAGCUGCUGGAGAGAAAUGGAAGAUCCGCCGAAAAAUUCUAAAUCCUGCAUUUGGCGUCACAGUUCUAGAAGCAUCUGUGGAAUCAUUCAAUACAUUUGGAGAUAUACUCCUGCGUAAGCUGCAGAGUGAAGUGAAAAAUCAAUCUAUUGACAUUUACCAACAUUUAAAUCUGUACAGCUUGGACGUGAUUUGCGCCUCAGCUAUGGGAACAAACGUAAACGCACAAGAAGAAUUAAACUCUGAAUACGUGCACUACGUCCGUGAGAUGUGUCGGAUACUGUACCACCGUGCUUUUCUUAUACACAAGACGUGGAACCUUACAUAUUCCCUUACGAGUGAUUUUCACCUCGAACGAAAAGCUUUAAGCUAUCUUCACGGUUUCACCAAGAACGUAAUAUCGUCACGAAAACAAGAACUAGCGCGAAAUGUCGAUGUAGGUUACAGUGAGGGAAUUAAAACUAAAUUAACCCUACUAGAUACAUUGCUGAAGCACAAAGAAAGUGAUGACACAUUUACCGAUGAAGAUAUUCGCGAAGAAGUCGAUACAUUUAUGUUUGCGGGUCACGACACGGUGGGCUCCGCUGUUAGUUUCACGUUAUUCUGCCUUGCAACAAAUCCGCUAGUUCAGGAGAAAGCAGUACAAGAGCUAGGUUCAAUACUUCUAAAUCACAAUGCACCAACUUAUAAGAACCUACAAGAAAUGAAGUACCUAGAAAUGGUUAUUAAGGAAACUCUACGAUUAUAUCCACCUGUACCACUUUUCGGCCGAAGGAUCGCUGCUGAUACUGAAAUUGACGGAUACUUAUUCCCCAAAGGAGCAGAUUUUAAUGUUUUUGUGUAUGGAAUACAUCGAGAUCCGUCGCUCUAUCCAGAUCCUGAGAAGUUUGAUCCCGAAAGAUUUUCCUUAGAGAAUCUAUGCAAACGACCUCCUUAUGCGUACAUUCCAUUUUCUGCAGGUCCAAGAAAUUGCAUCGGACAAAAAUACGCCAUGUUGGAAAUCAAAGCCGUCGUUUCCAAAAUAUUGAUGAAGUUUGAACUCUUGCCAGCAAUUCCAGAACAUACCUUACAACUGACAGGGUUCAUUGUAUUGAAGUCUAAAAAUGGAAUACGGCUCAGGUUAAAAGAUCGCAGUUUUUGAUCCAGUAUAAAUCCACUAACUUUUGCCAGAAUAUACAGGGGUUGUCAGUAUUUGUAUUAAAUAUUUAAAGAACGA